AUGGCUAAAGAUUUAAGGUGGCAUUUCAGUAACAAGAUCAACGAUGGGAAGAUACAUCAUCCAGUAGAUUCUGUGACGUGGGAUCAAAUGAAUGAUAAAUACCCAUCAUUUGCUUCUGAACCAAGGAACAUCCAUCUUGGACUGUCCACAAAUGGAUUUAAUCCGUUUAUCAUGAAGAAUACAAGGUAUAGCUCUUGGCCGGUCUUGCUGGUGAACUAUAAUUUGUCUCCUCACCUAUGUAUGACGAAGGAGAACAUCAUGCUUACCUUGUUGAUUCCAGGUCCACAUCAACCGGGAAAUAUCAUUGAUGUCUACUUAGAACCUCUUAUUGAGGAUCUAGUGCAUUUGUGGAGCAAUGGAGAAUUGACAUAUGAUGUUUUUAGUAAAACGACGUUUACACUUAAGGCAAUGCUUCUUUGGACUAUAAGUGAUUUUCCAGCUUACGGGAAUCUGGCUGGCUGCAAAGAGCUGCCAGUAAGACACAAUUUAGACGUAAUGCAUGUGGAGAGAAACGUGGCUGCAAGUAUUGUCUCGACACUGUUACAUUGUGGAAAAUCAAAAGAUGGUAUUAAUGCUCGGAAAGAUCUUGAAGUUCUAGGCAUCAGAAAGGAUUUACACCCUAAAUCCCAAGGUAAAAGAACGUACCUUGCCCCAACACCUUGGUCUUUGUCAAAGGCAGAGAAGAAAAUCUUUUGUCAACGACUAUUUGACUUCAAAGGACCGGAUGGAUAUUGUUCUAAUAUAUCGAGAGGUGUAACCUUAGAUGAUUGCAAGAUCACAGGACUCAAAUCUCACGAUUAUCACGUUUUAAUGCAACAAGUUCUCCCAGUUGCAAUUAGAGGUUUAUUAACUAUAGGUCCUAGGUUGGGUAUCACACGAUUGUGCACAUUCUACCACAAUUUGUGUCAGCGUGUGAUUGAUAGAGAGGAAAUUUCAGUAAUGGAAGCUGAAGUUGUGGAAACACUCUGCAUGUUUGAACGAUUUUUCCCUCCAACUUUCUUUGAUAUUAUGGUGCACUUGACGAUAUUCAUAGUUUUCGUUCUGACUAGGUACAUGAAAAUUUUGAAAGACUAUGUAAGAAAUCGAGCAAGACCAGAAGAUUGUAUAGCUGAGUCAUACCUUGCAGAUGAAAGCAUGAAGUUUUGCAGUGAAUUUCUGAAGAAGACAACAAAAGUAGAAGAGAAGCUUGAUAGAAAUACAGAAUAUGAAAGCAAGUCCAUAUUAAAGGGUCGUCCAAUAUCAGCAGCAACGUCUAUGGAGCUUACUGAAUCAGAGAGACAGAUUAUCCAUCUUGCAGUGAUACAAAACACCGCUGUGGUGGAGCCAUAUGUGGAGUAA